CCCGCCGCCGCACUGGUCGUCGUGCCGGCCAGCCACCGCCGUCGGCUCCUCCCGUCGUCGCAGCGCCGGCCGUCGCCGUCUACUCCGCCCGUCGCCGUGCUCUCUCCUCGUCGCGGCGCCCUUCCUCUGGCCACCUGCCGGCGCCGGCGCUGCCGUCUACGUGCGGGCCCCCGGUCGGAGUCGGGGCCUGGGCCGGGGGAGGAAGUAGGGAGUCGGGGCCCUGGACCAACCCGGUAUCGUAGUCCACAUCUUUACCAAGGUGCUAACCAGUCACAUGCAUAACCAUGACUUCGGAAGACGGAGACAUUUCAGCUUGGCUCUCUGAACCAAGUAUUCCUGAAGAGCAGCCUGAGGCUUCUGAAUUUGAUGAUGUCGUCCCUGCAAUUUUGGAAUCAAUUAGAUCAAAUGAGAAGGCAUUUGAACCUUCACCGGAGGAGGCUGCCUGGGCUGAUUCUUGUUUUGUGCAGACAUCUGAGCUUUCAGAUAAUGACUGGGGAGCGAUGAAGAAAGCUCUUCUUAAUGCCCUUGAAAAGCCAACAGAAAUACCCAACGACACUUCUGAAAUUGUGCAUGAACAAGGUGCCCAUGCAAUUUUAGAGGCCAAACCUCACUCUCUCCCUCCUGAAAUUGUUUCUCAGCGUGAUGACAUGCAAAUGGAGCAAAAGGACAAUAGUGAUGAUGACACAGACACUACUGAAGCUUCUGAAGUUGCUAAUGUAAUUAGGGGUGCAAAUGAGCAUGGUAAGCAAAUGGAUAGAUAUACCGCAAGAUCUGAAGAUGGUGAUGAGGUAGCUUCAUCUGAAGUUCUUGAGCAGACAGAGUCAAGAGAAACUAUAUUUAAGGUGUGGGAUCUGGAUGUGUCAUUGUCCGAUGAUGAGGAUGAGCUUGAACUCAUCAAAGAUCUGAAGAAACUCCUGAAGGACAACCCUGAGGAGCCUGAAUUUCAACCUCCCGGUGGCACAUCCAAGACAUUGAGCCAGAUAACCAUUGAUGAGCUAGCGGCAGACUUGAAGGACUUAUCAUUGCAGCAAACCAUCGAGUAACACAUUCCCUAAGAUAUUUCUGUGUCGGGCAUUUUUACCAUCCCAAAUGAACCGUGCUUGGCUCUCUAGCUAACAGGGCAGAUGACUUAAGUCGAAGGUUGUGUGUUUGUCAGAAUUAGCUUGACUGUUUCGCUGUUCUUUUGAACCUCGACCUUUUCUUUAAGAACCAUGUGGACUCUUAGUAGGUAGCAGUAAAAAGUUCAAUUAUCUUUUUAAUCUGCGUGUAUUAAACCAUAGCUGGGACUUGUAAAACUGACUUGUGCUACGGAAUGGCGUUGUUUUGCGCUCGUCCUCAAAUCUGCCCAUCCCAAGGGUUGUCAGGUCAGUUUGCGUCUCAUCUUUUCACUUUUGAUU